AUAUUUUAUUCCUGUAAUUUUGUUUUUUUCUUUAUGGAGAGCCAAAAAGUCACCUAAGUCUUCACGUCACCCUCCUCCUCGUUCCCUGCACCCUCCUCCUUUUAUAAGUACUCUUCAUAUCUACCAAUACCAAAACACGCGAGCGGAUUUGGUUCCAUUUUAUUUUCAUUUAGAACUGUUACAAUCAUCCAAACCUUGGUGUUUGUAGCCAUGAGUAAUCUCUCAGAUCUCGUUAACCUUAACCUCUCAGACACCACUGACAAAAUCAUUGCCGAAUACAUAUGGGUUGGAGGUUCUGGAAUGGAUAUGAGAAGCAAAGCCAGGACUCUAUCUGGACCAGUGAAGGACCCUUCAGAGCUACCAAAGUGGAACUAUGAUGGUUCAAGCACAGGUCAAGCUCCUGGUGAAGACAGUGAAGUCAUCUUAUACCCUCAAGCCAUUUUCAAAGACCCUUUCCGUAGAGGCGACAACAUUCUUGUCAUGUGCGAUGCUUACACUCCUGCGGGUGAACCAAUCCCGACAAACAAAAGACACGCUGCGGCUAAGGUCUUUAGCCACCCUGAUGUUGUAGCUGAAGUGCCAUGGUACGGUAUUGAGCAAGAGUACACUUUACUUCAGAAAGAUGUCAAGUGGCCUGUUGGUUGGCCUAUUGGUGGUUUCCCCGGCCCUCAGGGACCAUACUAUUGUGGUAUUGGAGCAGACAAAUCUUUUGGAAGAGACGUUGUUGAUUCUCACUACAAAGCCUGCCUAUAUGCUGGAAUCAACAUUAGUGGUAUCAAUGGAGAAGUCAUGCCUGGUCAGUGGGAGUUCCAAGUCGGUCCAGCUGUUGGUAUCUCAGCUGCUGAUGAAAUUUGGGUGGCUCGUUACAUUUUGGAGAGGAUCACAGAGAUUGCUGGUGUGGUUGUAUCUUUUGACCCGAAACCAAUUCCUGGUGACUGGAACGGUGCUGGUGCUCACUGCAAUUACAGUACCAAGACAAUGAGGGAAGAAGGCGGUUACGAGAUUAUCAAGAAAGCGAUCGAUAAAUUGGGACUGAGACACAAAGAACACAUUGCUGCUUACGGUGAAGGCAAUGAGCGUCGUCUCACUGGACACCACGAGACAGCUGACAUCAACACUUUCCUAUGGGGUGUUGCAAACCGUGGAGCCUCGAUCCGUGUUGGACGUGACACCGAGAAAGAAGGGAAAGGGUACUUUGAAGACAGGAGGCCAGCUUCGAACAUGGACCCUUACAUUGUCACCUCCAUGAUUGCUGAGACCACAAUCCUCUGGAAUCCUUGAUUUGAUCAGAUCAAGAAAAUCUUGAAUUGUUUCACUUAAUUGUGUGUUUCUUGCAAGAUUCAAAGUUUGUGUUUCUUCUAUCAAACAAGUGUCUCAGAAUUUAUUCAGGGCAAUGAUUUGCUCUGCUUAUUUCUGCUUUUGUAUUGUUUCCCACCCAUUGAAACCUACUCUGUUUUAUUACGAAUAAAAUUGAUCUACGUAAUGAAAGUGCUGUUUCAUCAUAUUA